AUGAGCGCGGACGAGGACGCGCGUUGGCUGGAGUGGGUGACCGAGCAAUUCGAGAGCAUCGCAGGAGAAGACAAAGAGAUCGACCUGGAAGAGUUCAAGACGGCGCUCAAGGUCAAAGAGUCUUUCUUCGCCGAGCGCUUUUUCGCGCUCUUCGACUCCGACGGGAGCAGUUCCAUCAGUCUGGACGAGCUCUUGGAGGCGCUGGACCUUCUCAUCCACGGCAGCGAGACGGACAAACUCCGCUUCCUCUUCCGGGUCUACGAUGUGGACGGAAGCGGUUCCAUCGAUCCGGGCGAGCUGCGCACUGUCCUGAAGUCGUGCCUGCGAGAGAGCGCCAUCUCUUUGUCAGAAGAGAAACUGGACGAUCUGACACUGGCGCUCUUCGAGUCGGCCGACAAAGACGCCAGCGGCGCCAUCACCUUUGAGGAGCUCAAAGCGGAACUGGAAGGCUUCCCGGAGGUGAUGGAGAACCUGACCAUCAGCGCGGCCAACUGGCUGAAACCUCCGGAAGCGGAGCAGAAGAAGCGGCGGACCCCCCGCUACUUGACGCGUGCGUAUUGGCAGAACAACAGUCGCAAGCUCCUUUUCCUGUGCGGCUACGCUUGCCUCAGCCUGGCGCUCUUCGCCGGCGCCGUCCUACAGCACCGGCACGCCAGCGCCUGCUACAUGCUGGCCAAAGGCUGCGGACAGUGCCUCAACUUCAACUGCACCUUUGUCAUGGUCCUGAUGCUGCGUCGCUGUCUCACCUGGUUGCGCGCCACCUGGGUGGUCCGGGUUUUGCCGCUGGACCAGAAUAUCCUCUUGCACCAGAUCGUGGGCUACGCCAUCCUGGGAUACACGCUGGUGCACACCACCGCGCACGUCUUCAACUUUGCCAGACUGUCCGAGCGCAGCGGCUUCAGCCUUUGGGAGUACCUGCUGACCACGCGACCCGGCAUCGGUUGGGUCAAAGGCACCGCCUCGCUGACGGGCGUCGUUCUUCAGGUGGUCAUCUGCCUCAUGGGGAUCUGCUCCAGCACCUUUGUGCGACGCAGCGGCCACUUUGAGGUGUUCUACUGGUCACACCUGUCUUACGUGUGGGUGUGGUCCCUGCUCAUGGUCCACUGCGCCAACUUCUGGAAGUGGUUCGUGGUUCCGGGUCUGGUCUUCCUGCUGGAGAAGAUCAUCGGUAUCGCCGUGUCUCGUAUGGGAGGCCUAUACAUCGUGGAGGUCAACCUGCUGCCGUCUAAGGUGACUCAUCUGGUCAUCAAGCGUCCUCAGUUCUUCCACUUCAAACCGGGAGAUUACGUCUAUGUCAACAUUCCGGUCAUCGCCAAGUACGAGUGGCACCCUUUCACCAUCAGCAGCGCUCCCGAACAAUCCGACAGUUUGUGGCUGCACAUCCGCUCCAUGGGCCAGUGGACCAACCGUCUGUACGAGUACUUCCGCCAGCCGCAGAGUCCGGCGGUGCCCGGGCUCUCCGCCGAGGCUACGGAAGAGUCGUUGGGCUCGCCGCGACGUAACGGCGCCGUGGCGUCCAACGAAGACCGAGCGGUGGAGCUGACCAUGUACCGUCACGGAGGGUCCCGGGCCGGCGCCGUCCCGCGGUCUCGGCCGGAUGAUCCGGAGAGAGGCGAGGCCCCUCCCCUCAGAGAGGUUUCGGCGAAGCUCGGCGAGAACCGUCGAAUCUGCGACAUCAAGUGUUACGUGGACGGACCUUACGGCACUCCCACCAGACAGAUCUUCGCGUCGGAGCACGCCGUCCUGAUCGGCGCGGGCAUCGGUAUCACGCCCUUCGCUUCCAUCCUGCAAAGCAUCAUGUACAGGUACCGGCGCAGGAAGCAGAACUGUCCCAACUGCAAGUACUCGUGGUGCGAGAACAUCAAGGAUAGCGAAAUGAAGCUACGCAAAGUGGACUUCAUUUGGAUCAACCGUGACCAGAAGUCCUUCGAGUGGUUCGUCAGCCUCCUGACCAAACUGGAGAUGGACCAGGCCGACGAGGAACCCGAAGGUCGCUUCCUGGAGAUGCACAUGUACAUGACGUCGGCCCUGUGCAAGAACGACAUGAAGGCCAUUGGCCUGCAGAUGGCGCUGGACCUGCUGGCCAAAAAGGAGAAGAGAGACUCCAUCACGGGCCUGAGAACUCGAACGCAGCCCGGACGACCCGAGUGGGCCAAGGUCUUCCGGAAAAUUUCCGAGGAGAACAAAGGCAAAGUUCACGUCUUCUACUGCGGUUCUCCCGCCUUGGCCAAAGUCAUCAAAGCUCAGUGUGAGCACUUCGGCUUCAACUUCUACAAGGAGAAUUUCUGA